AUGUCGCUCUACUACGACGCCGUCUCGGUCUUGACGGCUCCCGCAUCGACCGGCGGCUCGUUCAAAUCCCGCAUCUACAAUUCUCGGUCCCUCAAGGCCUCGCCGGCGCAGCUGUACGCUUUGAUCAUCGAGGCGUCGAAAUGGGACAUCCUGCUGAAGGAAGUUAUCGAGGCGGCGGGGAUCAUCAAGCUCGAACCAAAGCUUACUCCGCAUCUCGCACUCCUCCUUGUCCAUGAUCAUCUGCUCGCAAAGAACGGCAUCGCAGCCCCAGCCUCCCACCCUCUCCGUCAGGCCAUCGAGCGCCACAAGACGCGACUAAGGGGCGAAUUCACCAAGGCGCGAGUACGUCGCGGAUGCGCCUCCGUCGCCGACCUGAAAGACGCCGUCCGCCGCGAAAAGGACGCCGCCAACGGCGCCGUCUCCGCGAUUUACCCGCGCUGGGUCCGUAUCAAUAACGUGCGGACCGACCUCGACGCCCAACUGCAGUCUACUUUCGCCUCGUACGACAAGGUCGAUACGCUCCCUGAACUGGUCGUCAGUAAAGAUGCCGCUCCCCGUCUGCGCAUCGACCCGCACAUCCCGGAUCUCGUGGCCGUCGCCCCCGGCGCCGACUUCUCGACUUCCGCGGCGUAUCGCAACGGCGAGAUCAUCCUACAGGACAAGGCGUCCUGCUUCCCUGCGUAUCUUCUUCUUGGCGACCAGGAGGAGAACAAGCAAGCCUGGCAAGGCGAUCUGAUGGACGGAUGCGCAGCCCCAGGGAACAAAACGACGCAUAUGGCGUCCCUACUAUCCAAAACCGCGAAAUCGACCCAGAAAGGCGGCAGAAGCAUCCCGCGCUCGCACAUCUUCUCCAUGGACGCGUCGAAGGUCCGCGCAAAGACGCUCCAGAAAAUGGUCGCUGCCGCCGGCGCCGACCCCUUCGUUUCCGUCCUCCCGGGUCAGGACUUCCUCGCCCUCGACCCGAUGGAUCCUCGCUUUGAGAACGUCUCCGGACUGCUCCUGGAUCCGUCCUGCUCUGGUAGCGGCAUUAUCGGCCGCGACGACGUCCCUACACUGGCUCUCCCUGCUACAACCACGAACGGACCCGCCACGGGGCAAGGCAAGAAACGUAAACGUCGAAACGACGACACGGAGUCUCAGCCUGCUCCUCCGGGGAAGAAAAACUCGAAAGGCCAACAACAAGAACCGAACACAUCAACCUCCGUCUCCGCAACCGACGAAAACGAGCUCUCAAACACCCACAUGUCCAUCGACCGACUCGUCAAACUUUCAAACCUCCAGACUCGCAUCGUCGAACACGCGCUUGCCUUCCCGUCCGCUACCCGAGUCACGUAUAGUACGUGUUCCAUCCACCUCUUGGAAAACGAGGCCGUCGUGUCGCGCGUCCUCUCUUCGGAGGUUGCGAAGCGUCGUGGAUGGAGGGUUCUUCGACGGGACGAGCAGCCGGAGGGUUUGAAGCGGUGGAAGUAUCGGGGUGUUCGGGAACAGAAAAGCGAUUUGGUUCAUCGUUCUGUAUUUGGUGGUGAUAGGGAGGAUGGGGAGGAAGAGGCGGUGGCUGCUCAGGAGAAGGUGGAUUUGACGGAUGAAGAUUUGGAGGGUUGUUUAAGGUGUUGGCCUGGGGAUGAUGAAGGAUUAGGUGGAUUUUUUGUGGCUGGGUUUGUGAAGGAUGGGAGUGCUGAAGAGGGAGAGGAGGGCCAGGAUGAAGAUGAAGAUGAGGAUGAGGAUGAGUGGGACGGGUUCUCUGAUUGA